GUCGCUGACGGAGAUCCCCUCGUGUCCAUGGCCUCGGGCAUGAUCGAUCCACUGAGCCAUGCCGCCAAGGUACAGCAGGUCGAGGCCUCGAAGGCCCCCGAGAAAAAAGUCGGCACUCCGAGGUGGUUGCGUCUUCUGGAGGGCAUUUGCUGCCGGCGCAAGCGGAGCUCGUGGUCCCUCACGCAGCGGGGAGCUGAAGCUAAUUGCUUCGCCCCUGCAUCGCUGAAGCGGGCAAGUGCCAGCAUGUCGACGCCCUGUAAUUCGAGUGGUCGUUCGCUGUGGGCCGAG